AGCCAAAGGGGAAUUGAUCCCCCGAGCGAAUCAGCGAAGCCUGCCGCCUCCACGCCAAAACCCCAAACCCCGACCCGCCGUCGCUCGCCGCCAUGGCUGACGCCGCCAACCAGUCCCAGUACGGCGAACGUCUGCCGCAGGGCGGCACCCGGCGCAUCUACACGCCAUACCAUCUGGAGGGCUUCGACCUAAACCGCCCCUCGCUCCGCGCGCUCUACGACCUGCCAACCUCGCCGGAGUGCCUCUUCGCGGAGGAGCUCCUCGACCGACGCUCCUGGGGCGAGAACCUCACGUUCUACGCCGGCUGCGGUUUCCUCGUCGGCGGGGCGGCGGGGAUGGCCACGGGGUUCAAACGUGGGGUCGAGGAGGCGGAGCGCGGGGACUCGUUCAAGCUUCGCACCAACCGCGUGCUCAACAACGUCGGCUCCGUGGGGCGCGGGUACGGCAACCAGCUCGCCGUGAUCGGGAUGCUCUUCGCGGGGGUCGAGAGCGGCGUUGCUGCGCGCCGCGACGCUGACGAUUGGCGCAACACCGUCGCCGCAGGGCUCGGAGCCGGCCUGCUCUACCGUUCACCUAAGGGUCCGCGAUCUGCCGUCGUUGGUGCCGCGGUCGGGGGCCUCAUGGCUGGUGCUGCCGUCGCAGGGAAGCAGGUGCUGAAGAGACGCCAUCCUAACCUGGCCUUCUAAAUCGGAAUGCGCAACAUUAGUAAGUAUGCAAGUAUGUAUCUACUGGGUUCGGUGAAGUACAUACAUUAGCUCUAUGUGGGUAUAUUAACAACUUUGUUUGUGGGAAGAGUACUGGAGCGCAAUCUGUCGAAUUAGCUCAUCUUGGAAAUGCUGGUUUAUGCGUAUGAAGAAUGACAUAAAGUUCCUGCAUUUUGUUUAAAAAUCUUCAAACUCGAGGUUGUCAUGGUGAUUGAUAGUGCUAUUUGGUAUGUUCCUAUAUAUAUCAUGGGUUAAUGCAAUGCGGUGUCUGUGAUGCGGAA